UUCAGGUCUGCAGACAGCCUAAAGUAUUAUAUUCCUUUGCAAACUGCUAGUAGCGUUUCAGCUAUGUUGUACCCAUAGCGCUUUAAACUGAAGCGAGUCUUAGGUAAACUGUGACUCCGCCAUAAACCUCAUUCUCCAAUCUUUAGUUGUGAAUACAUCACCGUCGCCGUAUUUGCGAAUUGGUCCAUGAGUGUCAAAACACCUACCACGGUUGCAGCAUUAGUCGGUAUUCUUGCCGCUAGAUACGUCUUAGGUUUCGUCCAAGUUUCCGUUCAGAAUGAUGCCAUCUACUCGCUCUCAAAGUCUUCCGGCUUGCCAUGCGCCGGCAGCGGAGCAGAGCCAAAAGGCAACGCCUGUCCUAAAGCUGGUGAUUUUGCCACUACCGGCUGCCACCCGCACCUACCGUCGUACAAUGGAGCUAUGUGCGUUGCUCCAGCCGAUGCUGAGUGCAUUCGCUUUUACAACAACGUUUAAGGAUGUGCUUUUCCAAGCACAACUGAAGAUAUUGGUGAGCACCAAUUGAGCGCUUACACUACCGGCGAUGUCGCAUAUAGAAAGCACGCCUCUACAAAAGAUACAACUCGUGGACAUAAGAAGAACGCUUUGAGACCUUUUGAGAUAGGGUUCAGUAAGAACCAGAAGACCAACUUCUAUCGGACAUCCGGAUUUCUUGAUUUUAAAGCAGCUGAACCUUACCAGGACCUUAGAUCAAUCACAGAUCUGGUCAAGAAUCAAAUAUCUCACGGCUUAAAACAGCACACUACUU